CGGCGUGGUCAUAAAGUUGACCCUAUCGUCAGGUCUUGGCACUCGGGCUUUUCCCCAUUGAACUUUUCCACGAGCAUCUACAGGAUGCUUUUGCAUAGACAUGAUAUGGGUCCCCCAUAACUGUUUCCGUCUUUUCCAGUUCUUCCAUCUUCUCUUGAAGUCUUUGGCGAUGGAGUUGAGGACUGAGGGACCCCAACCAAAGGGUAUGGACAACGAGCCCGUUAAAGCGACUGUACAACCGGUCAGCGCGACUGUGUGGGGCCAUACAAACUUGUCGCCAGAGACAGGCUUGGCAUCGCUUUUGCGCGCCUGCAUCACGACCAAGUCCUCACCAAAAGUCAUCCUUUUGAACCACGACAACGAGACCUCAAAACCACCUUUUUCAAAGCGCUCAAAUUCACAUUCACACGCGGGGGCCUCUCGCCGGCCCCCUGCACCCCCGGAACUAAUCCUAACUAACCCUAACCGCUAACCCUAACCACUAAUCUGGGUUGCUAGAGGUGACUUACACUUUGAAGCUGCUGUUGUCUCCACACAGUCGCGCUGACCGGUUGUACAGUCGCUUUAACGGGCUGGAUGGACAAGGUAUCUUAAAGACAGUUGAUAUAUCGGGCCUUGUAAUUGUUAGUGCCUGUUAGUGCAUCUCGGCAGCUAACAAAAACGCACUAGCUCAAACCUCAAAAACGUCACACAACGGCU